GCAUUUCCUAGAAUGCAACAGACGGAAGUUGAAGGGUGGAACACGGAGGUGAAAGGCAGGGGAAAGAUGGCGGAAACUGCGGCAGCCGAAACUGAGGGGGUAGAGAAGAAGGCCGUGGGAGCCUUGGCUGCUCCGGUGUCGUUCAGCUUCACCCGGACCACCGGGAGGAGGCGGCUUCUCGCCGUGACGGGACAAGAUGGAGGAGAAGACAAACAGGAGACCGAUUUCCUUCGUGCCGUUGAGGGGCGGGAAUUACAAAGCGUCCGGCCAGCCCCACAGCCCAAAGAGCUCGUGAUCCCCCUGAUUCAGAAGAACCAGUGGAAGAAGCCAGCAGAUCCAGCACCCCUCCAGGAUCCAGAUGAUAGCAAUGGGGUUGAGGCUCAGGCCGUCAGAGAGCUCAUCGAGGAAUCCAAGAAGUCGCAGGAGCAAUGGGAGAGCGGCAGCAAGAUCGACCCCGCGUUUGCCAUCCCCCUCCUCAUGCAGAACCGAGUCCCCGACGGCUACGAGGACAAAGAGAAGAUGGACGUCACCCUCCGCCCGGAGUCGUCAACGGAGGCUGAUUACGAAGAGGUGCCGGUUGAAGCCUACGGAAUUGCCAUGUUGAAAGGCAUGGGCUGGAAAGCGGGCGAGGGCAUCGGGCGGACCUUCAAGCAGGAUGUGAAGCCACUGGAGAACCGUCUUCGGCCCAAGGGGCUGGGCCUCGGAGCGGACCGCUCGGCAGCCCAGGAUCUGCAGCCUUCCCGGCCCCAGCGCCCUCCGAAGCCGGGCGAGGAGCAGUCCAAGAGCAAAGAUGAGCCGUUGGGAUUGGUGACGGGAGGCGCCGUUUUCAUUGAGUCCGGGCCCCACAAGGAGCUUUACGGAAAGAUUGAAGGCACAGAUGCCGAUAAUGCUCGCAUCAUGGUGAAGCUGGCCAUCGGGGGCAAGAUCGUGACCGUGAGCCAGUACGGAGUCCGCCCGGUGGCCCAGAAGGAAUACGACAAGUUUGCCAAAGACCUCAGCCGCCUCAGCAAGGCCCACAAAGAGAAGGAGGCAGAACAGAGGAACGGGGCCCAGCACGACCCAGAGAGCGGGGCUGCGCCAGACAGGAAAGAGGAGAAGAGCAAGAAGAGGAGGCAUCCUCCGGAGGCUGAAAGAGAUGAAUGUUCGGGAAAACACAGCAAGACGAGCGCCAGCAGCCAUUCCUCAUCCAAAGGGCCCCACUGGUUGUGGCGAGACCUGCGAGUCCGCUUUGUGGAUAAGCUCUACAAGGGGGGCAAGUACUACAACACAAAAAUGGUCAUCGAAGAUGUCCUGAAGCCAGAUACUUGCGUCUGCCGGACAGAAGAAGGCCGGAUCCUGGACGGCAUCCCAGAGUCCAUGCUGGAGACUGUGAUUCCGCGGGGUGAUUCUGACCGGGUGAUGGUGGUGCUGGGGGAAGACGCUGGCCAGGUGGGCCGCAUCCUGAGUCGCAACAAGGGCCAGAGCUGCGUGCUGGUGCAGUUGCAGCGGGAUGAGGACAGGGUGCUAACCCUGGACUACGACACCGUCUGUCACUACGUUGGUGGAUCAGAAGAGGACUGAGUGCCGCCGGCCCUCUGGAACGCACCACAUCCGUGCUAACCCCUCCCCGACCCCGUAUGGUCAAGGAUGCAGCCCUCCUUUGAGACGGAGCCACAGCCCCUCUACAGCAUCCCGACUCUGCUCAACUGCCACCGCAGGGCGCCUCCGUCGCGCACGCCCUCUUCCACCACUGGGGGCCGCCACUGAGAACUUCAGGGCUUGCAGGGGCCUUCUGCCCCAGAACCACUUGGCCCUCCCAAGGCUCAAGAGUUGUAGUCUGAAUGGGCUCCAGGUGUGAGUUCCACUGAGCAACAGGCACAAGCUCGUCCCUUCUAAACAGAAGGGGUAGGAGACCAUGGAGAGAACCGAGGACCUUUUGGGAUUCUAGAGGGCGAACACGCAUAACAAAUCUAAUCUGGAGAAAGAUCAGCCGACGUGGGUGGUUGCCGGCUUGUUCUAGAGGAAAGCGAGGGCUGGCCUGGCCCCCGUGAGAAGCGCUCUCUGCUCUAGAUUUGUAGAACGUCCUCUAGACCAGGGGUGGCCAACGGUAGCUCUACAGAUUUUUUUUGGCCUACAACUCCCAUCAGCCCCAGCCAGCAUCAGCUGGGGCUGAUGGGAGUUGUAGGCAAAAAAAAACACAUCUGGAGAGCUACUGUUGGCCACCCCUGCUCUAGACAGUUAGCGCCAGCUGUGAGUUUGCGCGAUGGUUACGGGACAGAGUUGAGCCCCACGAACCCCUUGCUCUGACCGGAACACGCCAGGCGCUUUGGAUAUUCACAGGAGGAAACAUGGGCAUAUAUAUAUAUAUAUAUAUAUUAACCUGGUUUUUCCAGAGCAACGCACAUCAGUUGCCGACGGAAAAUCACGAAAGCCAGGUCUGCAGGACCAGAUCUUUUGGUGCGGCGAAGAGGCCUGCAAUCUUUUUUUUUUUUUUUUAGGGUCUCAAACUAAACUUGAUCUCGACGGGCUCUCGGGACACGAUCCAAAAGAAGGAUUCGAGGCUUGUCGUUAAAAGGUUUCCCGGAAACCAUUUUGGAUCCUGAACUGGAGGUUAACAACGGGCUGCGGGGGAGCCCUCUCGGAAGGGGAGCGGCUCGUUCUGAAGCUCAGAAAAAGGUCUUUGCCCCGCCGGCCUCCGUCAGCCCCCCUGCAUGAGAAACGGGCGUAUGAGGACAUCCCUUUAAUGGGCUGCGGAGGCAGGCUUGGCAGAGCCAGGAUACUACUCAAACCGGCUUCUACUGGUUUUAUUUAAAGAGGGUUUAAACAAAAUGCUGUAAAAUAAACACGUGUUUUCUUCCUGU